GCAGUUCUGAGUCUGAAAACACUUCCUGACUGAAUCCUGAGUGUCCACUACAUGGUGCUGUGUCUCUUAAUACAAACCAAACCCACAUUAUUGAGUGUAAACUUGAGGAAGUGACCAGACAGCUGAUGUGGAUGUGUUUGGUAUUUACUCUGAUUGUAUAAAGUGAGUUAACAGCAGGACUGAAGGAAAAAGGAGGUGUUAUCUGCUGCAGCGUUGAAGCUCCACUGUCAGCUGGACAAUUCAGACCUUUCCUUAGAGCCUUGUUUGUGUGGCGUGAUUGGAAAUGAGUUUCCUACCAUCUCUGUCUGUGACAUGGAGUCUAAUCAUACUGGUGGUUACUCUUUUGUUAAUUUACAGUGUUUGGCCGUAUGGAUUUUUUAAAAACUUGGGGAUCCCAGGACCAAGGCCUUGGCCCUUCGUGGGAACCUUACUGUCCUACAGAAAGGGUUUUUACAAUUUUGAUACAGAGUGCUUCAGGAAAUAUGGGAAGGUUUGGGGGAUAUAUGAUGGAAGACUACCAAUUUUGAUGACCUUAGAUCUCGAAAUGAUCAAGACUAUUAUGGUAAAAGAAUGUUUCUCGACGUUCACUAAUAGAAGAGCCACAAAUCUGGAUUUGGCAGGUCCCUUCGCUGAUGGAAUCAUUUUAGCCAAAGAUGAAAAGUGGAAACGAAUCCGUGCUUCGCUCUCUCCGCUCUUUACAAGUGGACGACUUAAAGAGAUUUUUCCGAUUACUGAGAAAUAUGCAGAUCGCUUUAUAGACAAUUUGAAGAAGAGAAACCCAGGAGAAUCGAUCAAAAUUAAAGACAUCUUUGCUCCCUAUAGCAUGGAUGUGGUCACCAGUGCCUCCUUCAGUGUCGAAAUUGAUUCUGUUAACAACCCUAAUGAUGCAUUUGUUGCCCACAUCAAGAAAUUUUUGAACUUCAACUUCUUUAAUCCCUUAAUCCUGAUAAUUAACAUGUUUCCGUUUGUGGCUUCACUUUUGUCCAAACUGGGACUGACUUUGUUUUCAAAGUCAGCUAUGGACUUUUUCUACAGCGUGCUUAAGAAGAUCAAAGACCAGCACAACACGAAUGAAAACAGGCGAGUGGACUUCCUGCAGCUCAUGAUCCAAAGCCAAAUAUCUGACGAGCAAGCUGAGAAAGCAGAUGAUCAACCAAGCAAAGGCUUGACCGAUCAUGAGAUUCUUUCCCAGUCCUUCAUUUUCAUCCUGGGAGGAUAUGACACCACCAGCACCACCCUUACCUAUCUACUAUAUAAUCUCACAAUAAACCCUGACUGCAUGAGCAAACUGGUGGAGGAGAUUGACACAAGCUUUCCUCAUGAUGCUCCAGUGACAUACGAAGCGUUGAUGAAGUUUGAGUACCUGGACAUGGCCAUUAAUGAGUCGAUGCGUCUCCUACCACCUGCUCCCCGUCUGGAGAGGAUGUGCAAGAAGGCUAUAGAGCUCAAUGGAAUCACCAUUCCUAAAAAUACUCUGGUCGGUAUUCCUACGUACGUUCUGCACAGGGAUCCACAGCUCUGGGAGUCUCCUGAAGAGUUCAAACCUGAGAGGUUCAGUCCCGAGAAUGAAAUCAGCCCCUACCAGUUUAUGCCGUUUGGUCUCGGCCCUCGUAACUGCGUGGGAAUGAGGUUUGCUCUGAUGAUCAUGAAACUGGUGAUGGUGAAGCUGCUUCAGAACUUCAGUGUGGAGACGUGCAAAGAGACGCAGAUACCCAUUCAGCUUAAUGCUCUUUUUCAACCAAAAGUUCCUGUGACUCUGAAGUUUGUUCCAAGAACUCGCAAUGCUCAAUAGUUGAUUUCACUGUGAUUGCGAUGCUCUAAUAACUAUUUUCUAUUUAGUGACAUUUGAAGUUUAACUUGGUAUCAAAUCCAUUAGCUGUAUUGGGAGUGAAAUACAGCAAAUUUUAAAAUAUACUUUAUUAUAUUAUUAAAUCUUAUUAAGGGAUAUCAGUUUAAGUCACUUAAUUGGAAAUAUUUACAUGGAUGGUACAGCACAUGACAGCUCUCCAUAAAGGAUGACCUUAUGUGUUUUAUGGGUCAAGUUAAAGUGCAUAAAUCUGGACUGUAGUUAUCUUCCCAUGGCCUCCAAAUAGCUUACACAGAAUAUCACUUCUGUUCUGUAAAUUAGCUUUAAAGAAAAAGAUUUAAAAAUGUUAUAAUACCUCUUAUUUUUGUAUGAUUUUUUUUACCCUUUUAUUCAGUGAUGCUUUAGACAUUUGCUUUUUCUCCCUAUAUUAAGUAUACGCUCAAAUGUUAAGAUUAUGUUGUUGUGAAUUCUGAAUGUUAAAUUUGUGAUUCUCUUUUGCAGCAUUAAAAAAAAGUCACUACUCCUAGGGUGAA